AUGGGUCGUGUAGCAUAUUCACAAAUUGUAACGGGUCGUGUUUGGGCGGACCUGAUCUACCGUUUCAAACGGUAUAACCCCUCGGCGAAGCUCAACCUCAAUUUUGCCGAUGAUCCCCCUCCUCUGCCGGAAGGCGUUAUGGAGGAGAUGAUCGAGGAUUAUGAAGGUGAGGUUGCCAUUGCUGCUGCCGAGGGUGUCGAGACAAUAGACGCCUAUGCUCCUACCGAUGGUGCUGCUGUUGCCGAUGAUGGGGCUGCUUCCUAG